UCGUUUGAACACAUUUCUCUCAUUUGCAUAGAGGAAAACACGCCCCUGUGUGAGCUGCAAUAAAGCCACGCCCCCUGCAGCGAAUCAAUGAAACUUCUGAGAGCGGCGCUUUGAAGUCCUCGCACAGAUAAAGGCGUCUCGGAUGAAGAAUGCGAGCAGAUUCUCGCAUAUACAUUCAUAUUUGCAGACGAAUAUUCGCGAACGUUUCUAUGUCGGAGGCAACAGGCGACACAGAUUUACAGCGCAACCACAGGAUGGAGUUAUUUAUCUGGGAAUGACUCUUAUUUUUAAUGUCAAAGCCCUUAUCUUGGAGAACCAAAGUGAUGGCUCAUUGGAUUCGACUUUACUGGAGAAUCUGUUUGCUGGUUCAUCUAACUCUAGCUGAAGAUCUGAAGCCCACCAGAUGGCCUCUCUACCCCCAAAAACCUCUGGUUCUGGUUUGGAACGCCCCAACCGAAGACUGCAGGCCUCGCCACAAAGUUCAUUUCCAGCUCGAUCAGUUUCAGAUCGUGGCUUCACCAAAUCAAGGCUUCACCAAGCAGAACCUCACCAUCUUUUACAAAGACCGCCUGGGCCUGUAUCCUCAUUAUGAGGACGGUACUGCCGUCAAUGGUGGCCUACCACAAAUCGCCAGCCUCACGCAACAUCUAGAGAAGAUGCCGGAGGGAAUUGAGAAGUACAUUCGAGACCCGUUGGCUAAAGGUCUGGCUGUCAUCGAUUGGGAGGAAUGGCGUCCAUUGUGGAUACGAAAUUGGGAAGCUAAAGAAAUUUACAAAAGACAGUCAAAGCAUUUGGUGAGCCAAAAAAACCCGGAUUGGACUUCUUCCCAGAUAAGCAAAACAGCCCAAAUGGAGUUUGAGUUGUCCAGUCGUAAAUUCAUGCAGGAGACCUUACGCUUGGCUAAAAGUUUGCGCCCUCACCAAUUGUGGGGCUUCUACCUCUUCCCUGACUGCUACAACCACGACUACCGUAACAGUCUGGAGAGCUAUACGGGGCGCUGUCCGGAUGUGGAGUUGGUCAGAAACGACCUGCUCAAGUGGCUGUGGACUGAAAGCACAGCACUCUUUCCUUCAAUCUACAUGGGCUCUGUGUUGCGUUCAACAUCCUUCGGGCGCCAGUUUGUCCGAAACCGGGUGAAGGAGGGAAUGAGAUUGGCAUCGGUGGGAGAGGGACUGGCACGUCCUGUUUUUGUCUACAGCCGCCCUACGUAUGCCAAUGAGCUGGAAGUGCUGACAGAGACUGAUCUGGUGUCCACCAUUGGAGAAAGUGUGGCUCUGGGCGCAGCUGGUAUCGUUCUCUGGGGUGACGCUGCUUAUGCCAGCAGCAAUGCCAGUUGUUCCAGUAUAAACCAGUACUUGCGCGGUCCACUGGGCCAGUACCUGCUGAACGUCUCCACUGCUGCCGAGCAGUGCAGUGGCUUUCUGUGCAGUUCUCAUGGACGGUGUCUGCGCAGGCAUGCAGACACGGACACAUAUCUGCAUCUCGACCCAAAGACGCACACAAUAGUCGGCCAAGGGAGUGAAAUGCGUGUGCGAGGAGAUUUGAGCGUUGAAGAGCACCGGCGGAUGACUAAAGACUUCCAGUGCCAGUGUUUCAGCGGGUAUCAGGGCGAAAGAUGUGAUCUUGAGGACCCUCUUCAGCAGCGAGGGCAUGGAAAUACACUUAAAGCACUAUGGAUUUAUCCUCUCUCUCCACUCCUGCUGCAUUUAUUGACAUGAGCAAACUAAUGUUCGUGCUUAUGCAAUGCUGGUCAGUGCUCUCCAAACGCUGUUGUGACAAGGUUUCCUGAAGUCAUGAGGGUGAGCUUGAAAUUGCAACUUAUAAGUGUAAACACAGGAAACUCAAAGUUCCUCUGAGUUUAAAUAAGCACUUUUGUUUGCUGUCACGCAUUACUCACACAACAUUCGAGCCAGAUGCAGAAUAUUGUGCAACAGGAUCAUCACAUGAGAUUUAAUGACUAACUCUGACUCUUAUAGAUGACUUGUUCUUUAUCUUUGAGUCACCGUUAAGGAUUUGGAUAGUUUGGGUUUAAGCGUUAAUUCAGAACAUGUGACUGUAAAGAUGCUGGCUGUCUAACACUAAACUGCAGAAUGCAAAUGUUAAUAGACCUUUCGAUAAGCCCCGCCCUCUUAGUUGCUGUUGCUGCGCCUGUCAAGCUUUCGCGCCUGGCUUGUCUAUUACAAUGUGCAAGCGCCAGUGUCAGACGUUGCCAGGGAUUUAAUUAGACAUUUAUGGCGAACAGGUGGUAUAUCCGAGAAAGCAAGACAAAAGAAGGACUGCAGUAUGCAUUACAGGGGUAUAUUCACAACAUAAUAGGCGACCGAUUAGAGAAUAAUUCAAUCAAAAUUGAAGCUAGCUUAGCCUAGCCGCCUCAUACGCCUCAUACCAUUCAACAGAUUAGCUCAUGCACAGCAGGAGAGGUGACAUUUAAAAAUAACCUAAUAAUAACAGAUUAAACUGUGAUUUCUCUUUUUUAGCCAAAAAGCCUGAUAGAUUAAUGUUGUGCAAUGAAAUAUAGCGUUACUAACCGACCAGGAAACGUGCUUCUACAUCAUUCAUCCGUAGACAGAGCAGCCAGAAAGAGAAAAUGGUCCCACUUUAUAUUAAGUUUCCCUAACUACUAUGCACUUACAUCAAAAAAAUAAAUACAAUAUACUUACUGUGUUUAUAAUGUAUUUGAGAACACUUGUGGUUGGGUUAUGGACA